AUGCAAGAUAUCACUUUCAAAGGCUGGGUUAGCGUCUCAGCAACCUCUCCUUUGACAUACACUACAUACGAACCCAAGACUUUUGCCAACACUGACGUUGAUAUUGCUAUAUCUCACUGCGGUAUAUGCGGCUCAGAUAUUCAUACCCUACGGUCCGGAUGGGGACCAACAAAAUAUCCCUGCGUGGUGGGACAUGAGAUUAUCGGCCAUAUUAUUCGAGUUGGCCCGGAAGUACCUAAGCUAAAUUCUCCAUCUCAAGGCUUGAAGGUUGGAGAUCGGGUUGGUGUUGGGGCGCAGUCAGGUUCCUGUCUCCGUGUUGAUUGUGAAGAGUGUUCAUCGGGCCUCGAUAACUACUGCUCGCAUAUGACUGGAACCUAUAACGGAAAAUACCCUGAUGGAAGCAAAUCAUACGGUGGAUAUGCGGACUACUGGAGAGGCCCGGCGUGGUUUGUGUUUAAAAUCCCGGAUGGUCUUUCUAGCGCAGUUGCUGCCCCUUUGCUAUGCGGUGGUGCAACUGUCUUUUCGCCAUUACUUCGAGGCGGGGCCGGGCCAGGAAAGAGUGUUGGUAUCAUUGGUAUUGGGGGCCUAGGACAUAUGGGGCUGCUUUUUGCUAAAGCCAUGAAAUGCGACAAAGUAGUUGCUAUUUCCCGAACGAGCUCAAAGAAAUCAGAUGCUCUCACCGGGCUUGGAGCUGAUGUUUUCAUUGCCACCGAUGAAGAAAAGAACUGGGCCAAGGCACACUCACGAACACUCGAUUUGAUUAUUUGCACGGUCUCGUCGGGUAAUAUGCCUGUUGAGAAAUAUCUUCGCCUCCUUAGACGCGGGGGUGAAUUCAUUCAGGUUGGCGCACCUGAGGAUCCUUUCCCAGGGUUUAGAGUUGGAAUGAUGAUGGGCAAGGGACUAAAGAUUGGCGCAUCUGCUAUUGGCUCUACGGAAGAGAUUAGAGCUAUGCUUAAGCUCGCAAGUGAGAAAAAUAUUCACCCCUGGGUACAAGAGCGGCCAAUGUGGAAUGUGAACCAGGCUUUGGUAGAUAUGCAUGAAGGAAAGGCUAGAUAUCGAUACGUGUUGGUCAAUGGGACUGAAAGCAAGAUAAAGCUUUGA